UUACUUGUUAGACGGCCUGGGAUACGUAGGUGGUGGUCUGAGAGAUCUGCCUCUUCUUAACGACAACAAACCUUUACUCACCUAGACUAUAAGACCAACUUGCCUCUCGCCCCCUGCUACCGGUGCUAUCAACCAGUACAACGGAGUGGAAGAUACAAGAUGUCAUCAGGAGUACCCCCAAGUUCGGUCCCGGGUAUUGACAAUGCCCGCCAGUACGGGCCGCCUCCCUAUACGCCUCAAGGCGCUCUUCCGGGCCUCGUCCCCAGCACGACGACGGACAUCCCUGUCUCCGCUGUCCUGAUCGUCUUAUACGUCUCCCUGGCGGUCAUCGCCGUCCGUAUCAUCCGCAGCAACAAGCGCCGAGGAACGCCCUUCACCCCCGCCGCUCUCUUCGUCAUCAUCGCCGUCCUACGAACCCUAGACCUGUCCCUCCGCAUAGCCUAUGCGGUCCACCAAGACGAUGUGAAUCUCGCCAUAGCCGCCACCGUCCUGUCCAACGCCGGCGUCAUCGUCCUGAUCAUCCUCAACCUCCUCCUAGGACCUCGUCUCAUGCGCUCCUUCUUCGGCCCCCGCCGCAGCGCUACCGGCUGGCGUCGUCGCAUCUCCACGCUUCCUUUCCUCAUGCCCAUCCCUCUGCUGCCCAUCACGCUCAUCGCCGUCAUCAACGUCAUCAUCCUCACCUUCUUCACCAUGGACCCCAAGGUGCGCAGCGACUGCCUGACCGUCCAACGCGUGGCCGUCGUCGUAUUCACCGUCCUCGCUUUCAUCCCCACCCCGCCCAGUCUGGCCGUCGCUCUUCUCAGCUCGUCCUCGACCCACAGUGGCAGCGGUUUACAACCCACGGCGGCGAAGACCGGGGGUCUCCUCACGAGGGUGCGUCAUCCGGGAUCAUACAGCGGUUCGGUCCGCACCAGCGCCCUCGUCCUGCUCACCUCCUCCCUUCUGCUUACGGUGGGCGCUGCCAUCCGCGCCGUCAUGAUCUUCAGUCCCGGCCGGUCGUUGUCCGACCCGGCAUGGUACCACGGCAGGCCGGCAUUCUACUGCUUCAACUUCGUGAUCGAGAUUCUUGUCAUGCUCCUCUAUCUACUGGUACGGUUUGACCGGCGGUUCCAGAUCCCCGUCGAGACUGACGAGAAGAACCGUCUCGAAGAGAGCAUGUCGGACCGUGAGGAGACACCUGGUGGCGAAACUGACGUGCAAGGGAAGAGCACUGCCGCGGGUCAGGACGUGUAGAUGGGUUUUGGUUCCCAUAGACAGAAGUUGGAAACGCUCCUCUCUUGUAUAUAUAUUUCCCACGCACGGCCUCUCCCCUACAUCUUGUCUUGAUCAUACAAUUUAGCAGGCGUUGCCUC